UCACUUGCUACGAAGGGCCGGUUAUAGUGCUCGUCUGUGCUGCUUUUUGGGGUACUUAGAAGAAUUUGUCUGCGUCAGAGAGGAUUUGUUGUGGUCAGUGCAAAAGGAUUGUGCAACAUGGGAGUUGUGUGAUGUGCACAUGCCUCCCCUGCACUGCUGUGUGUGUCUCUCUGCUAUUAGAAGGGCCCCAUGUACUAAUUGGGUUAAAGUGCAGUGACCAGUUGCAGAGCCUCCCAAAUGUGCAGUUUUCCCCUUGUCCUGAGGUGCCUUCAUCCCACUUGCCUAUUGGCUUCUUUCCAUUGCUGGUGCAGCAAGUCUGUAUCCCAUACAAUCCAGAUCUGAAUGCUAAACACCCAAUGGCUGAUCUUUAAAGCUGUGACCCUGCUGUUUGCAUUGGACUACAGCUCCCAGCAUCCCUCACGGCAUAAUCCAGUGCUCAUUUUUAGGCUGAGCAAGCUUUUCCUUUGAUGGAGUCGGUGGGAAACGCGUUGGAGGAGGUGCUCCGCACGGCCAAACUGCAGAGGACCAUCACCAUUGGGGUGUAUGAGGCUGCAAAACUUCUUAAUGUGGACCCAGACAAUGUUGUGCUUUGUCUGUUGGCUACUGACGAUAAAGACGGUCAGGAUGUCGCUUUACAGAUCCACUUCACCCUGAUCCAGGCAUUUUGCUGUGAGAAUGACAUUAACAUCCUGAGAGUGAGCAACAUGAGUCGGUUGGCCGAGAUCCUGGGCGGCUCUGAAAAGCCAGGGGAACCUGCUGAUCUGCAUUGUAUUCUAAUCAACUACCCACAUGAAUUACAGAUCAAGGAUCCUGCUCUCAAAGAAGUGAUUUGUUAUUGCAAAGAGAGUCGUUAUCUGGACCAGUGGGUGCCUGUGAUUAACCUGCCAGAACGAUGAUCAAAGUGCAGUGAACACCAUAAUUUAACUGCAGUUUAAAUGAAUUAAAAAAAAAAAAAUAUAUACUUUCAAGAAGAAAAGUAAAAACACUUUUCUGGACCAGGUUCUGCCAUAAAGCAAGGAUUUCAAUAACUCGUACAUAACAUCAGGAGGGAGGAUUUAGGCAUAUGCGGAGGCAGUGCCGAAGUUGCUAAGAAAAUGGAGGACUGUCGGUCAUGAAGAACCACGCAGAGUUGCACCAAUGAGUAUCCAGGAAGAUGAAACAUGAAAUUAAGGAGCGUUGGAAAAUGGUUCAGGCUGCCAUAUGCAAUGGAAAAUUUAUAUUUUUACAAAGGCACUGGUUUUAACUUUGUUCUAAGUUUAUAAAAUGUUAAAUUAUACUAUUUAUGCUACUGUACUUAAAUGUACGUUAUGAAAUUGAUGCAUAGACGUUUUUAUGCAGGAAGUUGUUGAGACAAGUGAAAUGUAAUGUUUUAUGUUGAACUUUCUUUUUUUUAUUUUAUUUUUUUGUACAAUAAAGCUUUUUGAAAUGGC